UGCUUAUUGUAUGGAUGCCCCUGCCAAAGCUCUAGUUUUGGGUAUCAAUAACCACAAUGCUUUUUCUUCAUGCACCCGCUGCAAGGUCAUGGGCAAAAGUUAUGGCAAAAGACGAUCUUACCAAGCCCAAACUUCCGCUAGAAGGCUGCAUCAAGAUUGGUUAGCUAAGUCAGACGACUGUUUUUUUUCAGGAGAAAACUGCCUGGCAGAUAUCAACGGUAUUGAUUUUGCAACCGAAGUGGUGCUGGACCAUCAACAUCUCAUCUGCUUGGGAGUAAUGAAGAAAUUACUUGUCAAUUUUUGGGUCAGAGGUUCUCACAAGAACAAAUUCGCUAAAUUAUCAGACCAUGACUUGAAAAGAAUAAAUCAAAGGAUCUCAUACCUGCAUGACAAGAAGCUGUUUCCUCAGGAAUUUGCCAAAUACCCAAGAACUCUGGCCUAUGUUGGGAAAUGGAAGGCAACAGAAUUCCGAGCAUUUAUUUUAUAUUUAGGACCUGUGGUUUUGAAGGACAUAUUAAAUUCGAAAGCCUAUGAACACUUCAUGCGUUUUCACACUGCCAUCACAAUACUUUUGAGUGAGGUCCUUUGUAAUAAACAGAAUAUUGCCUUCGCUGAUCAACAGUUACGACUGUUCGUUCUUGAGUUUGCAGAACUUUAUGGAGAAGACUACGUAUCGCAUAAUGUUCAUGGGCUUAUACAUCUAGCGGAAGAUGCUGUUAAAUUUGGUCCGCUCGAUAAUGUAGCGGCUUUUCGCUUUGAAAACCACUUGGGUUACCUCGUCUCUUUAGUUAAUAAGCCAGCUGAAGCAGUGCAGCAAGUUUUCAGGCGUAUCGAUGAACGCGAUCAGUCCAAUUUUACACCAACCGCAGCUGACACCUCCACCAAACCAUCUUUCUCAAUGUCUCACGAAGGAGGCCCCUUAGCUCCGAAAACUUCAGAUCCGCAAUACCGUACAGUUCGUUUUCCACAUUUUACCCUCUCGAUACAAAGACCAGGGGAUCAAUGUUUCAUGAGUCGUAACCACAAAGUAAUUCUCCUGUCGAACAUUGCCUCAUCGAUGAAAGAUGGAUCUCCAAAAAUAAUUGGAUCUGAUUUUUCAAGGAAAGAAGAUUUCUACCAGGAUCCUGUCGUGAGUUCAUCACUAGGGAUACAGGAGGUCAGCUGUCUCUCAAAAAAAGUCACUGCCUAUGAUGUUGAGGAUAUAUUUUUAAAAUGUGUCAUUCUGCCAUUUUUUCUGGACCCAAAUGAUCCAAUUGGCACAAAAUUGGUUAAUGAAGAUGGACUACGCAUCAUCUUUCCGAUGGUGCAUCUGGGAAGGUCAGGUAAUCAGAAAUCCUCCCCCCAAAUUUUCCCUAACUGUCCGUCCAUUACCUUGAAAGUCACCUUCACCUUCUAAUUCAUGAUAAUUCGUUAAAAGUCGAAGUCCUUAGUAUCCUUUUGUAUGAAUACAAUGGAAGGAAAUCAUUAACUCCAGGAAAAUUUAAAGCCAUGACAGCAAAGGAAUUAUUUUCUGUGUAUUUUAUUGGCCCGGGUUUUGAAGUUUUGCAUUGGAUUGAUAUUUUAGAUUCCUUGAUAAAUUAUUGCAAAAUGUUGAUACGGUUUUUCCAACUCCUUUUUAAAUCUAUAUUGAGAGAAGAGAAAGGAAAAACCAUUAUAAAAUUUUAUAAAUCCACUAUAGAAAGCUGAAUCCUUUAAAUUUUUCCGAUUUUCUCCUUAUCUUCUAAGGUGAAGCAGUAAAAUUUAUGACUAAAAAAUGACGGGCUUGGAGGACAAGGUGCAUAAGUGCAGUUGUGGAAAAAACAGAGAUGGUAAGGGUUUCAACUACAACAGAUCUUCAAGGGUACUUAGUCAAAAUUUCACUCCCAAAUUCCAAUUUUUAAGCAUCAAUAAGUAAAUGUGAACUCUCCCCCAUAAGGCUCCAUACAAUUUUGUUACUAAAAAGACACAUUUCUCGAAAUAGUAAAAACUGCACUUAUGCACCUUGUCCUCCAAGCCCCUCAAAUGUAAAACCAAAGUACCUAGCCUCUGUGCGCAAUUACCUCCUUACUGUUCGCUUUUUUGUUGUUUGUUUUUCUUACCUAGUGAUGCUACUAUAUUUCUUUAAAAUGUGAAUUGUCACUUAUGCUUUGACUUAUUUAUU